CGAGAGACGCUCGGCGACCGGCACCCGCACACGCUCGCCUCGAUCAACCACCUCGGCUUGCUGCUGAAGGCCAAGGGCGACCCGGACGGCGCGGAGGCGCUGUUCCGCGAGGCGCUGGAGGCGAGGCGAGAGACGCUCGGCGACCGGCACCCGGAUACGCUCUCCUCGAUCAACAACCUCGGCCAGCUGCUGAGCAAGAAGGGCGACUUGGACGGCGCGGAGGCGCUGUACCGCGAGGCGCUGGAGGGGCAGCGGGAGACGCUCGGCGACCGGCACCAGAGCACGCUCAUCUCGAUAAACAACCUCGGCAAUCUGCUGAGGCAGAAGGGCGACCUGGACGGCGCGGAGGCGUUCUACCGCGAGGACCUGCAGGCGAGCCGAGAGACGCUCGGCGACCGACACCCGAACACGCUCUCCUCGAUCAACAGCCUCGGCUCGCUGCUGCACGCCAAGGGCGACUUGGACGGCGCGGAGGCGCUGUGUCGCGAGGCGCUGGAGGGGUGCCGAGAGACGCUCGGCGACCGGCACCAGCGCACGCUCAUCUCGAUCAACAACCUCGGCUCGCUGCUGAAGGCCAAGGGCGACCUGGACGGCACCGAGGCGCUGUACCGCGAGGCGCUGGAGGGAAGGCGAGAGACGCUCGGCGACCGGCACCCAAGCACGCUCGCCUCGAUCAACAACCUCGGCUCGCUGCUGGAGGACCAGGGCGACCUGGACGGCGCGGAGGCGCUGUACCGAGAGGCGCUGGGGGUGAGACGGGAGACGCUCGGCGACCGGCACCCAAGCACGCUCGCCUCGAUCAACAGCCUCGGCUCGCUGCUGUACGCCAAGGGCGACUUGGACGGCGCGGAGGCGCUGUGUCGCGAGGCGCUGGAGGGGUGCCGAGAGACGCUCGGCGACCGGCACCAGCGCACGCUCACCUCGAUCAACAACCUCGGCUCGCUGCUGAAGGCCAAGGGCGACCUGGACGGCACCGAGGCGCUGUACCGCGAGGCGCUGGAGGGAAGGCGAGAGACGCUCGGCGACCGGCACCCAAGCACGCUCGCCUCGAUCAACAACCUCGGCUCGCUGCUGGAGGACCAGGGAUGA